AUGGCGCCCGGUACGGAAGGUCGCGAAGAGUCUAUUAACACGACGCGCAACAUGACCAACGCGUGGGUGGCGAAGUACCGCAGAGAUAAUAAGACGACGGGCAAGCCGUCGUACGGUCAGGUGUACAGCGCGUUGAACGCGGUGAGCGGUCACUUCAACAACUUUGGCACCAAGUACCCGUUCCCGGCGAAGAGAAAGGAUCGCGUGUUCGCGGAAUUCGAGCAGGCUGAGCUCUUGCUUUCGCGCGGAAGAUAA